AUGGGAGACGCGAAGAAGACGGAGAUGGAGAUGGAGACGGUAGAGAAGAAGGAAGCAUCAGGAUCCGUUGGUUUCAGAGAACUACGUGACGAUCUCUUCAAUGAAGCAGCAAAUCUCGUCUCCGAAGAUCCCUCCAUACGAAUCGCGAUCUUCGUCACUCCUCCUUCCACCGAAUCGGACGGAUCUACACAUUCCUUCGCUCAUCCUUCUGUCGAAAGCGUUGUUGAAACAUUCCUCGAGGAUAAGUGUCCUGUUCCGUACGAUUCGAUGAAUCCGGAGCAAUUGGCAGCAGCGUAUGAAAAGUUGACGAGACUUAGGAGUCAUAUGAUUCUCCAAUUGGAAGCCAAAGAAAGAGGUCAAUCUUCUGGGAAUCACCAGGACAAAGCUGGACCCUAA